AUGGCUGGAGUAGCAGUAGUAGCAGAGGAAGAGCUGCCGUUAGUUCUGCUACUCCGCCCCAUCAAACAGCCUUUCUACAAUUCCCUUUCCACGAAAUUCCGUUUCUUGAAGGCAUGGGAGGAACCCUCCCUUCCAAUCCACCUCUUCUUAGCCUCCUACGCCCAGUCAACGACGGCCCUCCUCUGCUCAGGCCAUACCCCCGUCAACUCCACCAUCCUCCAAUGGCUCCCCAACCUUCAAUGCAUCGUCACCACGAGCGCUGGAUUCAACCAUAUUGACAUAGCUGAAUGCAGGCGGAGGGGGAUCGCUGUCGCCAAUGCCGGGACUGCCUUCUCUGAGGACGUUGCUGAUUACACAGUCGGAAUCUUGCUUGACGUCUUACGACGCAUCUCCGCUUCAGACCGUUAUGUCAGCCACGGUCUCUGGUCUCUUCAGGGAGAAUAUCAGCCGCUUGGCUCCAAGAUCAGAGGCAAGAAAGUGGGGAUUGUUGGACUCGGUAGCAUUGGCUCGGAGAUUGCGAAGAGGCUGGAGGCAUUUGGCUGCAGCAUCGCAUAUAAUUCAAGAGAAAGGAAACCAUCUGUGCCAUUUCCUUAUUUUUCAAGCAUUCGUGAUCUCGCAGCCAGAAGUGAUGUUAUCAUAGUAGCAUGUUCCUUGACUGAUGAAACAUACCACAUCAUUAACAAGGACGUCUUGUUGGCAUUAGGAAAAGAUGGUAUCGUCAUUAAUAUCGGGCGUGGGGCACUGAUCGAUGAGAAGGAAUUGGUUAGGUGCUUGGUGCAAGGAGAGAUCGGCGGUGCUGGACUUGAUGUGUUCGAGAACGAGCCUCAUGUGCCACAGGAACUCUUUGCCAUGGAUAAUGUGGUGUUAUCUCCGCAUCAAGCAGCCUUUACACCAGAAUCCUUCUUAUCAGUGCUUGAAGUGAUCACAGGCAACCUCAACGCAUUCUUCUUAAAUAAACCAUUGUUGACUCUUGUGAAGGAAUGA